CCCAAGCACUUUAUAUCAUCUUUCAAUCAGUUAAGAUUUAGUAUAUUUAAAAAGAUGCUAAGUCAAGUUUUUUCUUCAUGGUUUCUUGUGGAACUCAAUGUUUGGAGAGGUUAUUUCAUUCAUAUUUAUUUCUGUGCUUUAACAUUUUGUGUUUUGGCACUGUUGAAACUUUCUAAACUAACAUAUUUUUCUUUUUAUGACAUUUUGGGUUAUCUGCCAGUCAUGAUGACCCCCACCAUGAGCAUGAUUAUUUUUAUCUCCCACACAUGGUUCACUCUCUUUUCUUCAAUAUUACCAUUCAUUUUUUCAUGUUUUACACACACACACACACACACACACACACACAAUGAUUUUAGAAUGGGGUUUUCUGAAAUUAUUGCUCUGAUAACUUCCAUAACUCUACAUUUAAAUUUUUUAAACAUGAAUAUACUUGUAAGAUUUCUUAUAAAAAGUGAGGUACCAGCUCUAAUGACCUUUCUUUUUCAAAGUUUUGGAUAUCUGAAUGAGAUCUUGCUUUCUAUUUAAAAGGAUGCUAAAACAAGAGCAUCUUUAAGCAACUUAGAUUUGAAAUAAUUGGUGAUAACUAUGGCAUAAUAUUUACAGUUGAUUAUCCCUAAUUUGAAUGUCUUAAUACUUUGGAUAUAUAUGUAUAUGUGUAUGUACAUGUACAUAUACAUUUAUACAUAUGUCUACUUUUUCAUGAGAGUGGAGUAAAUAAAUUCACCAGUUUUUUUGUAUAAAGUUAAAUUUUAUUAAUUUUUAAAUCAUACCUUGUAAUAUUUGUUUUUCUUUAUUACAUGUUAACCAAAUUUAGGCCAUUUAUAAUGAAGUACACCAUAAACUAAAGUGAUCACAUCUAUUAAAAUUACUGUUUUUGCCCAGCAGCAUUAAUUACUAUAGAGUUUUCUUCGCAGAGUUUGCAAUGUACUUUUAAGAAAAGCUGAUUUAUGAAGUUAUUUGAUCCUAAAAUAAAGCCUAAGGCCUAGGCCAUUCAACUGGCUCUUUUCAACAGAAAUUUCAUGAUUAUGGGAUAAGUAAAGAUAAAUCUAUACCUGCAUUAACCUGAGUCAGGUAGAGUUUCAAGGUACAAGAACAAUCAGAUGAAUUGUGAAAAAUAUGAUUGGUUUUAAGUCAACAGGUUGUCAUCUUUUAUCUGCCAAACUGACUACCAAAUUUUGAUGUUAAUUGGUCUGGGCAAUUUAUGUCUAUAGAAAAAUUGAAUAUGGCAAAAGUCACUUGUUAAAAACAUUUCUCUUAAGAGUUUCAUAGCUACUCAUUCAUUUAAUUAUCCAUAUUACAUUUGGUAUUUAUUGUUUCUUUCCUUCCUUUUUUCUUCCCUUAUCCUUUCUUCCUUCUUCCUGAUGUCCUUUGCUUUUGUGGAAAAUUGUCUUGUUGAUAGAUAGAAAGAUGUUGAUGAUCCUCUUUGUAAAAUAAGAACCAGAAAUAUUUUGCUCAUUUUGGAAUCAAGAUUUUGUGUUUUCACAAAUACUUUGUUUGAUUGUUAAUAAUUUGCUUACCAAUUAUUGUGUAGCAUUUCAUGGGGAAAAUUUAAGCUAAAGAGUUUAAUUUUCUUAAUUUCGGAUCCAAGAGGUCUCCAAGUAUAAGGACCAAGCCCUUGUAUUCUAGAAUUGUGAAAAACAUGGAACUACUCUUGUUAGCAUGUAUGUUGGUCUAAGAUGUACUAAUACAGAAGGCUUCUAGGAGAAUUUAGAAAAAGAUAUCCUUGUUGUUAGGUGGCAAUUAAAGUUAUGGGACAGAUGAUGUCUAUUUAUGUUGACUAGCUCAAACAGUGAUGACCAUCAGGUAAUGAUUUUUUAGGAUCAUACUGAAAUUGAGUCAAACUCCCAUUCAGCUGGAGUGGAUUGGCAAUUUCCAGCAGUUAAAAUUGUUGGUGGCUCUUGAGCUACCUCCUUACCCUAUAUAUCUGAUAUCUUGUCUCUCCUAUCCUCUUUUUUCUUUGUUUCUCUCUCUUUUUCUUCUUUAUUCUUGCCAUAGGCCUGCCAGUAGCAUUCAAGCUUACCCACUUGAGAAAGAAGUAAAGAAAUCGCUGACUCCUGUCUUAGAACAUAGUUAACUGGUGAUCCAGAAAGAUUUCUAUAUUUUGAGGUAAUUGGGCAUUUUUUUUUCUGACUGCUGUUCUCCCUAUAGUUGGCAAUUUGAAGAGCAUCUAAAUUAAUGUUUGUUAAGAAAUUUGCAAAUUGAAGAAAGUAAGAAGUAUGUGUAUUUUAGGUAAGCUACUGGGAACUGAGGCUUACUGAUUUGGAAAUUUGAGAGCAGGAAGGGGAAAGCUGUUUAAUGUGUUUAUGAAUGGGGGUGUGGGAGGUACCUAAGGGAAUGGUUUGGAAGUAAAGUGGGAGGAAUUUUUAUUGGAGGUAGGAAACUAAGGUGAAGUCUGAAUGAGAGUUGUUUGCUAAGAACAAUGAAGUUGAUCUUCACUGCAAAAGUUUCAAAAACCAGAGACAAUGGGUUCCUCAUUCGCUAAAAGAAAACUGUUGGUCUAUAGCUAGCUAUGAUGCUGAUGAUAUAUUUUGCAAAUCUGUUUUCAUCUGUAGGAUGCUUGCUUUUCUGAGACAAAUUUAAGUAGCACAGCUGUGGAGUGGCAUCUUUUCUGGUCAAGGCAAGUUGGUGCUAGUGAUUUAUUUUGAGAAAAAGAUGAUAAAGUUUUAAACUUUUCACAGAUAUCAUUUGAAUAUAUCGGUAAUCCUUAUCAUUACAGAUAAGUACAUCAUUAUUUUCUUGGGCACUUAUCACAAUGUGUGGUUUACCUUUACUUUUCAAAAUGGUCCUUAGGUCAAAUUAUUUGAUUUGCAGUCUACAAAGAUCCAUAUCCUAAGAUUCUUUCUUUUAAAGAAACUUUAGCCUCUGGUUCACAUAAAUUUCUUAGAAGACAAUAAACCAGGUAAUAGUACUAAAUUAUAAUUUUGGGUAUUUUUUCUAUUUCUUUUACAUUUGCAGUCCUGGCAACCAUUUAACAUUGUGGACCUUAUGAGGUCUUCAUUAAUACUACAUUUCUGAAAUUAGACAGCAUACCUCUUAUAUUUAUGUUACUAUUUGUUUUCCCACUUUCUCUCUUACAUUAAAAUUAUAGAAUUCCCAAGAGUUCAGUGGUGGCAGAUGUUAAUUAUAUAAUUUAGUACAUUUUUGAGGUUCUUACCUUCUUUGUAGAGUGAGCUGACAGUGUUUUCUGUUCCUAUAAUCCCAGGGGUAUUUUAAAUUAUUUAAAAUAAAGAAUUGCUGUAUUUGUUUUUAAAGUUAUGUAAUUUUAGAUAUAUUUGGAUUAACUGUUGGCAAAUUUACUAUUUUAAAUUUAUUUCCAAUGAUUUUAACAAAUUACUUUCAAGUUUUGUUUUAAUCAGAUCUCUAUACAUUAGUAAUGAAAAUCUCUUUAAAUAGCCCAAAAAGGAGGUUCUGAUUUUGUACUUGGAGGUAAUUUCUUUUUUAUAAAUGUCAAGUUCAUUAAUAAUAGAAGAAUUAUUUUUACAUAGCUUAUUUUGUAGAGUUGGCAGUUAAUAUAAUCUUCACAUUUUAUUGUGUCAGAUUUUAAAUUAUAAUACAGUUACCUACUAUAACUUGUUUAAGUUAGUGCAGAGCCUUCUUAAAUAGCCCCUCCCAUAGGAGUCAUUUAAAAAGAAGUGAAUUCCCAAACCUGUGUCAAGAACCAGUGAUUUAAAUAAUUCUGAGACAAGUCUUUGGAAGGCUUCCUUGAGUCUAAUCAGUGGAGAUAAAUGAUAGCCCUUUUCCAUGCUGCAUACAGUUGUUAGGGUUUAUAAAGUUGUCAGUAUGUUAAAGUGAAAAAGCAGGAAAGUCUAUGUAAAGUUGCCUAUAAAAUUUCUAGUUUUAAUUAUUUGCACUAUUUAUCUUUGCACUUGAUUUUUUGAGAGUUAAGACUAGUCACUUUCACUUUUGUUUCUAGUCUUUUCUAGUUUCUUGCAGAAUUAUGUUUUCAGUAUCCCACCCAAAGCAAAACUUAUAUGCAAUUAAAUAUGCUUUAUAAGGCCAAGAAAACAUUCCUUAUUGUUAGCUAUGUAAUACAAAAAUUUGUUUUGGUAAAAUUUUUAAUAUGGGCCUUUGUUUUGCCAAUAAAAUUCUUGUUAAUGUGAGCUUUAUGAAACUGUUUUAAACUAAACAAAAUGAAAGCUUAGGAGGGGGGAGAGAGAGAGAGAGAGAGAGAGAGUGUUGUGUGUGUGUGUGUGUGUGUGUGUGUAUCUAUCUUUGAGAUCCAACUUCCACCCUGAGAUAGUCUGAUUUUAGAGUGUUGUUCUGUUUUCACUUAGUGAGUCUUACUGGUUACAUGCUUAUAAAGGUGAAGUGGGUUGCAAGUGGCAGUUCCCUCUUUUCAUGUAGUUUUCCAUAAUGUUCAUAUAGUUUUCUCAUGGUUUAUAUAAUAGAACUAGUAUUGAAAUAAUUAUAUUAAAUGUCUCUUUCUCUUUAGAAUUCAGGAUUGGUUUACUUUUUGAGGGGAAAGGGCAGCAAGGGAUAAGAGACUAUUUUAACCAGAGCCGGUCUUAUAACCUCAAAGAUGUGCUCUAGAAAGAACAAAAAGUGUACCUGUGAGCAUAAUUUUUGUCUCAAUGAGAUUGUGCAACUCCAUAUUCAGAACUGCAAAAAAAGAAAAAAAUUAAUAGGUUUGUCAAUAGAAAGAUGUGUUUUGGCUAAAUUUGUUUUUUGUAAGUUACUGAAUUAUUUUAUAUUUCUUUUCCCAUAGCUUUUUACAUACCUUAUACUUAAAACCAACAAGUGGAGAGGCCCUCUUUUCAAAUCUGGUUUAUUUUUGGAAUGCCUGAAUGUGUUUCUGGAGAGGGGGGUGGUGUUUUAAUUCUUGACAUGCUCUUCUCAGCAUGUUUUGCUAGUCGUUCUGAAUCUUUAUGUUUGCAAAUUCUGUUGAAAAUUUGGUCAUGUAUUUAAAAUGAGAAUGUCCUCUCUGACAUAGUGUGAAUGUUUCGGACCGGAUUCUAUUUUGGAACAUGUGGCUUUGUUUUCCAUUUGAGUAGAAAGUUUUGAACUUCAUCGUCCAGAUUUUAGGUUUAUUUAGUGGAAUUAUGCCAGGUGGUGGACCAGUUUUGGGAAAUGAAGGUUAACAAUGUGGAUUUGACUCUAGAUAAUCAUGUACUCAAAACUGUAAGUUAAAGGCUCACAUCAUUAGAGUUGCCUGUUUUAUGUUGUCAGAUCUUUAAAUGUGGAUGAUGUUCAGCAUUGUAUCUAUGAAUUAUCUAUGAAUUUCCUUUAGGAAAAGAGAAAAAUUUAGCUUCUAAACCUUUUCUUAGAGGCUAAAUUUACUACUUAUGGAAAUGAAAAAAAUUAGAAAAUGGUUUUGGGUUUUUUUUUUUUAAUGGAGUUUAACCAGCUUAAUUAAUUCUUUUUUCAUAGUUUGAAGCUCUUAUUUCCCAAAGGUGAAUAAAGGGAAAGGUCAGCAUUUUCCUUUCCAGUUCCCUCUUUUUUAGGCAGUUUUUUGUUUUCUACCCCCAUUUCCCAAUCUUGAUAUAAAACGCAUUACGGGUAUCUCUCUAAGUCCUUGUAACCCUUUUUGGGGGGUCACAGUACCUUUAAUAAUUUGAUGAAAGUGAUGGACCCUCUCCUCAGAAAAAAAAAUGCACAUACACAGAUAAUUUUGCAUACAACCUCAGGGGCAUCACACAUCUUCUGAAACCCAAGUUAAGGAUCUCUGCUCUAAGUAAACUCUGUAGAGAAGAUUAUAAUUUGAUAAAAUUAGGAACUAACUAUUGGCUUAAAAUAUUUCAGAUGGAAUUAAUUAUUAUUAGAUGGUGGCCCCUACUAGCAAAAUGUGACAUUGCAACCAGCUUUGUUAAAUUUUAUAACAUCCAGACAGAAGGAAAAAAGAAGCAAAGUUCUGAGAGCUAUUCAUAAGCAGUCAGGGCAUCUCUAGACAUGGGAGCCAUUCUUGGUUCAAGACAGGGGUCAGGGUGCCUGACAAUUUCUAGCAGGGUAGAGUUUGAUAAACCACAAUGCUCAGGAUGCCAAGGGGUUAGCCAUUAUCUUAACCCCUUCUUCACCAAAAGAAUUUAGUUUUGUCUGUUGGGAAACAAGAUGUCACUAGGGAAAAAAAGAUUUGCCUUACAACUUUGCUGGAACACAUCAAUUUGGUGAUGUAUGGGACACUAGUAUUAUUUUUGAGAAGGUGCAUAAAACCAAAGUAAAUUAUUCUCUAUGUAGAACAUUAUUUACUAGUAACAUUUGUUUGGGUGUAUUAGCUUUGACAAUUUUUACCAGUAAAUACUGAUUUAUUUAAAACUGGGAAUCCAGUUUAUAAAUAGGAUAGUUGAUAUAUCCAUUCUUUCCCCCAUGUAAAGAAUAGUUUAAAGAUUUAUGCAUACUUUUUACUUUUCUCUCUUGAUGCCAUGAGGGGGGAUCUUUGAGUCAACAACUGACAAAAUGUCUUCAAAUUUUAAAAAUUGAGAAGCAGCACUUUAAGUCUAACUCUACACCAUUUUAGUGCAUGUAUUAGUUUUAAUAAUGAUUUUUGGUGCAUGCCUUUGGGCUUAUUCAAAAGUGUACAAUAGGAAAGUAUAUUUCCUUUCUUAGAAAGGAGAUGUUUUUCUACUUUGCAACAUGUGAUUACAAGAAUCUUCCUCUGUGGGAAGAUUAACCAUGUAUUGAACUACUGAAAAGUAUAUAUUUUUAGAUAUACAGAAGGAAUCUACAUGGAGCUGCAUUCAGACCUAUAUAGAAGUCAUAGCAUUCUGUAUAGGACCAAAAAAGGAAGUAACAUUAAACACUUAAACAGACUUUGUUGGGUAGAAAUACCUUUUGAUCUUGCAUUGACUUCCAAAAAGAAAAUGCCACAGAAGUUUGCUGAAACUUUUGUUGUUUGAAUUUUCUCUGUCAGUGUAUUUAGCCCAAAUACAACAGCUUUGGGUUAGCACAUAUAUAAGAAUCAAAAAACAAAACUAAAUAUAUCAGCCUGGUUUGCCAAUCCAGCUUGACUGAAAUAAGUAAACUAAUCACUUGCAACAUGAAAAACUGUCCAACUCCUCUAAGGUUUUGACCAAAUAACCUUGGCUAAUGUGGGAAGGCUCCCACUUUAUUUCUGACCUGACAGUGAAGAUUCAUGCUUGACAUGAUUUCAAACCUGACAGUGUCUGUUUAAGGAGCCAUGGUACAGUUUGCUAAUUCAAUCCCAGAUACCUGUUGAUUACCUGUGAGAUCUAGAGUCCAAAGUAGCCAGCAGCCGUAUCCCUGAGUGCUCUGUGCCCAUCAGAUAUCUUAAAGUAAGCAGGGUUGGGACAGGUCACAGCUUGGGUGAUUGGACCUCAGGUGCCAUAGACAGCCCCAGAUUCAAGAAUCAUAUCUGCUUUCUUGGGAGUGGUCACUGAACUUAUGUCCCACACUGUGUUACUUAUUGUAGAUGCUCUCUGUUAGAGAAGGCCCAGAGCACACAUCCUAAUUGCUGGUGGCACUCAGAGAGGGGGUGCUAACUCUGAUGCCCUAGCCAAAUUCCAGUUUAGGGAUGUGGGUCUUCUUCUUGUCAUUCUAAUUGGAAAUGUGCAUCACUUCCCAUUUUCCUGUUGAUCACAGUGCAAACUACACUAAUCUGUUUUUUUGCCCCGUCCCAAGUCUCUAAGAUACUGAUGUAUACUAUAUGGGCCAAGUUCAUGCCUUAUCCUAAUGGACAAGAAUUGAGGAAUGAGUAAAGCUUGGGACUUUUAUGAUGCUGUGGGGAUGAAAUCAGCCCCCUUUUGGCAUAAAUUAGGGAAUGUGCACUGGCUGGAGGUUUCCAGCCAUGAGGUAUAAGCUGAAUCCAAUUUUCCCUCUUUUCUUAUAGCAUGAUGAGAAAAUCUGUUGGGUUUUCAGCAGUCAGGGAAGGCCGGAGUUCUGCAGCUUUAAUCUGGGUAACUGAGGCUGGUUUGAGCAAGACUUUGGUUAAUUAACUGGGUUCUCAGAUGCCACAGACUCCGUGAGAAGUCACCAUUAUUUUCAAUGGUUGUGAUAGAAUUUCCCCCUAGUAGCCAUUAUUUUAAGAUUAUAUUGCAGAGUUGCUUUAUUUUGAGCUUUUCGUGUAUACACAAUCCCAAACUGGAAGAAAUUUAAAAAAAAAAAAAAGGAAUCCUGCUGUGAAAGGUAUAUAUUACUCUAGAUUUUUCUUACUGUAAAUAUUGUAAGAUUGUAAUACUGUUGAUAUUUUAUUAACCAACAAAUGUUAAUCUAUGUGAAUUCAGACUUAUUUUAAAUGUGCUUCUUAUUUACUGUGUGUGGUCCCUGUUGCUGACAGUAUUAAGUUAUAUUCUGAUGUAAGAUUAACUUUAUUAAAGAAUGUAAACAUAAUGUUUCCUUAUGGGAAAACAAAUAAAGUAUAAAGAAGACAAUUCUUUUCAUUGAAAUAUACUGUGUAUUUACACUUGCUAGACCCAGCACCACUUAUAAAUUUAGUACACUGUUCAGAAUUUUAGUUAACACAGCUGACAUGGUUGUGCUCUGUUGGAAAGCCUAAGAGUAGGUAUUGUUGGAAUAUAUGCAGUUUGUAUUUGUCUGCUGUGAAUCAUAAUGUUGAAAUUUCUAAUCAAGUUUGUAAGCUUUUAUAGUAAAACAUUUUAAUGACAAUUUAAAAAUUUAUCUUCUCUAAAGAUUGGUCAAAACAAGAUCCUUUCAGAAAUAGAAUUGUUCUUUAAUAUCUUUCCAAAAUGACUUUGGUUAAAUGGACCAGAUGUGUAUUAGUUAAAAUUUAGAACUAAGUUGUUGAUAUUCUUUGAGUUUACAAGUUAAUCCUUAUUGGAGAUGUGCCAAUAUACAGUAGAAUAUCAUUAAUUUGCACUGUUUGGGGACCCCAUUUAAGAAUGCUGAAUUUUGCCAACUAAAAAGUAAGCAAAUGCAAUUUAAAAAGUAAAUUUGAGCAUUCUGUAUUAAAUAUGUGCAGUUAUUAUCACAUGAAGAAGCGCAGUGUGUCGGGCUGUAAUAUAACCAUAUUUGCUGUCAUGUUCUCCCAUCUCAGUGCUGGGAACUCACCAUGUGGAAACCAAGCAAACGUGUUGUGCAUCAGCCGGCUUGAGUUUGUUCAAUAUCAAAGCUGAAACUAGCGAGGUCUGCUGUACUGCUUAUUGAAGUAUUGUGAUUCUUUUAGGCAUUGAUUCUUACAAAAUAUAUACUGUAACAGUAUACUUUGUACAGAUUUAAAUUUUAUUUGAAAAAAUGAAAUAAAGUAGGCAAAAAAUAAA